CAAUUAUGCAGCCUGUUCCAGAACAGAAUGAAUCUAACAUAUAUAGCAUUAAACAGUAACUAUUUCUCACACUUACCACAAUGCAUGUUUGAAGGAUUGUACAGUCUAAUGGUCUUGCAUGCACAUAGCAAUCUACUCAGAGUAAUUCAAAAAGAUCUCUUUAAAGAUUUACAUAACUUACAAUCAGUGGACCUGUCAAAUAAUGCAAUAGUAUUUAUCCAUCCCAGCAAUAUUGAGAUGAUUGGAAAAUUGGAUAGUCAGUACAAACCCAAUACACAACUGACCAUUAAACACAACAGUUUUGAAUGUAAUUGUGAAAUGAAAGGUGUGCGAGACUGGAUUACUAGCAUGUUAAAUAAAAAGAGGAGAAGAUUGAAGUUCACAUCAGACAAAUGUACAUCACCUGCUAUUAGAGCCUGGCGGAAUGACUAUGUGCACAAUUUUACUACAACAUGGUUAGAAUGCAACGCAAUGAUUGUCAUUAAGGUUUCUACAAUAAGUGGUGGUUCAAUAUUAUUUGUGACUUUAUUAACACUUUUGCUAUUGAAAACAUUCUGGCGAGACAUCAAGUACAAAAGAAUGGUCCACAAAGCAAGGAAACACGAGGACUAUGCCCUUGUACAUGCAAACAACAUCGAGCAUGAUGCUUUUGUGAGCUACCACGUUGAGAAACUACUAUGGGUGGAGCAAGACUUGUGUAAUCAGCUUGAGAAUGGUCCCGACAUUAAAUUCAAACUGAUUUACGAUGACAGGAUUAUACCUGGUGGUUCAUUAUUCACUUCAUUGGGAAUUGCCAUUCACAAUAGCCGAAAGAUCAUAUUUGUGGUGAGUCGUGCCUGGGUAAAAGAUGCCAUGAAUCAGUUUGAAGUUGACAUGGCUCUAGCCAAACUCCUAGAUGACUACAGGGACAUGAUCAUAGUUCUAUUAAUGGAACACAUUCCUAAGGAUGAGAUGCCUGACAAAGUGAAGAUGAUUAUAAAGCAUAAUAAUUGUCUCAGAUGGAGCAACAAUGAGAAGAAACAAGCCAAAUUCUGGAGAGAUCUAAAACUUGAGCUGGGCAAACAUCAUUUAGAGUUAAAAGAACCUGUUCAAGAAGAUGACAUAAACGAGGAAGCCUAGCACUGUUAGGUUUAAUGAGACUUUUUAUAUUCCUGAGCACAACAUUUGUUCUGCUAAGUCUUUUAUAUUCUAGCAUGAGUGUUCCAUACAUUCUUAUUGAAUACUGUGUCAGUGUGUAUAU